AUUUUUUCUCAAACAAAAAAAUUUGUUUUCACUUGUUGUUACACCUUAAUCAGGAUAAACUGUAAAUUAUCCAAUGGAUUUUUUGGAAAAUUUAGAUGAUAAUGUUCUUCAUCAUCAUUAUGAUGUUGCAUCAAAUACAGAUUUUAAUGAUGAUUUUUUGGAAAUUUUUGGUAAAGAUGAUGAUGAUAAUCACCGACAACAUCGAAACCAUCGAUUAUUAUCGACUGACAAUCGCCAUCAAAAUACUGACCCGAACAAAAAUAAAAGUGCUCCAAUUUCAGUCAAAAAGAUUGAUGGACAAAUCAUCAACAGUGAAGAUCGUAAACAGAAAUUAUUGAUAAAUUUUCGUUUAAAAUUGAAUAAAUAUGCAUUAUGUAAAAAUGAUUCUGAUUCAUUUGUUGAUCCAUCUGAAUCGGAAUGUUUUGAAAAAUUCGAAUUAUUACGUAAAAUGAAAUCGAUUGAAAAUAAACAAAAAUUUCAUCAAAAUGUAAAGAAAACAUCAUUUUUCACUGUUGAAAAAUUUAUUCAAGAAAAAUUUGAAGAAAAUAAACAAAAUUUCCUACGAAAAUGGUGGAAAUCUAUUUGUGAAAAUAAUUUAUCCAAUGUUGCAAAAUUAAAACCAAAUCUGAUUGAAAAUUCAUCCGAAUUACUCUUCUAUUUGAUAAUCGUUUUGUUUAAUUUGGAUCAAAAUUAUAAAUAUUGUAUUGAAUUAUGUCGAUUGAAAAAAAUGCCAUUAAAAUUUCAUCGAAAAUUACAACAAAUUUGGGAUCUAUCAUGGGAACAAUUGGAAUUACAACGAAAAAAUGUUCAAUUUUUAACUUGUGUACAACGUUUUCGUUUAAAACAACGUAAUCCAUAUCCAUCAACAAUCACUAUUGGCAGUCGAAUUAAAUAUGGUAUACCAAUGAAAUUUAAAAAAAUUCUAAUCAAUUAUUAUGAUAAUGUUAACAAACAUCCAACAACUUAUGAUAAAGAAAAAUUGGCUGAAAAAACUAAAUUAACUGUUAAACAAGUAUCGACAUUUUUUAAAAAUCGUCGCAAUCGAAUUCGAUAA